ACUCCAUUUCGUAGUACAACACAUUUCAGCCGUAAAGUGAGUUUUUGCCAGCCAUCAAAUACCAGUUACUUGCGCACAACGGACGCGAAUACAACAAAUCAAUUGAUCGACGGCAGCGUACACUACGAGAUAUAUUUUAUGGAGGGUAUAAGCGAUUAGUGGGGAAUCAAACGAAAUACUUGUUAAGUCUAAGAAAGUGAGAUUAACAUUGCCGAUAGCAGCGAUUAAAAAAGUUUGACGGUUAAGAAAAAAUAAACACAGUUUGGUAGCCGGUGCGAGUAUAAAUUGGCACAAGACACGGCGUAUGCGCUGCGAACAUUUCAAUUCAUAAUUAAAUGUAGCCAGUGAUACAUUCUAAAAGAACGAUUGUUUCAUUAAAUUAACGUAGUACGUAGUUGGGUUGUUGGUUGAGUGCAAAGCGGAGAGCCGAAAAGUGGUAAAGUGCCAAGGCAAAGCAAACAUAGAAUUUUGUAAGCUUCGAAAAGGCGGAGACCACAAAUAAAUAGUUAUUUAAUUAUCGCAUUUACACACAAACAACAUCAAUUGGCAAUAUGGUGAAGGCCGACAGCAUACAAUACGAUGAUAACCAGGUGCCCUACAUCGAUUUGGGCACAGCUGUUCUUCGCAUGGAAAAAGAGGAGGCACCCGAGUGGGCGUUGGAGAUAGCGCGUCGGGAAUUGCGUGAGGUGCCAGAAAUAAUGGAACCGGCCAUUAAGAAAUUGCGUGAACUGAUACAGGAAGAAAAGCACUUGAACCUGCCGUUGGAUGAUGAAUAUAUGAAAAUGUUCCUGCGCCCAUGCCAUUAUUAUCCGGAAUCGGCGUUGAAGAGGCUCAAAAACUUCUACCACAUGAAGGCGAAAUACGGUGCUCCCUGUGAGAACAUUGUGCCCAGCAAACUUCGCAACGUUUUUGAGGAGGAUCUGCUGUCGCUCUUUCCCAACCGAGAUCAACAUGGACGUCGAAUACUUGCUCUGGAGGCUGGAAAAAAAUGGAAACCAUCACGCGCCCCUGUCAUUGAUCUCUUCCGCACCAUACAGCUAACAGUUUUGGGCUCCAUGGCUGAACCACUAUCGCAGAUUUGCGGUGCUCUAGUCAUUAUCGAUAUGGAGGACCUACCCAUGAGCCACGUGAUGCAGUUUACACCCUCUUUCGCUGCCAUGCUGCUGGACUAUGUGCAAGAAUGUAUUUGCAUGCGUCUGAAGGCGGUACAUAUAGUUAAUAAUUCGUAUAUUUUCAAUAUGCUAUUUGCUAUCUUCAAGCCAUUCAUACGCGAGAAGCUGCGGAAGCGGAUUUUCUUCCAUGGCAAGGAUUGGAAGUCGCUGACGUCGCAUAUCGAUAAGAACGCGCUGCCUGCGAAAUAUGGUGGCACGGGUACUUGGGAACAGCCUUCCGGCAAGUUGUUGGGCGACUUCUUCGAAUGUUACUCAGCUGAUUAUGAAUUGGCGGACUCUUACGGCUACACAGAAGACUAUAAAAUGAAGAAAUAGUGCAGAAUACCCGUGCACCUACUCUACAUCUACACACAUAUACAUACACACAUAUAUAUCUAAAAUUGAAUUCUAAAUGUUGUUGGUACUAGUUUUGCUCCUGUUGUUGUAAAUACAUAGCAAUUUUGUAUUUGUGUUUAAUUAUUUUUUAUAGUUAACUGAUGUGAUAUUGAAGAAUUCUUUAGUGAAACUAUGUACAACCAGAGAGGUAUUGUGAGUGUAUAUUUUAUGAAAAAAAAAAAUUCUAAUGCUUGCCAAUAUGCACCAUUUUACCUUCAAAAACAAAGGAAAAUAAAGAACAAAAAUAGAAACAAUAUAGUAAAUGUUCAGUACGAUUAAUGAAAUUUAUUAAUUUUUUAGAGUCUAGUUAAUAGGUUAAGACUUUUGGUGAUGUUUGUAAAAUAGAAAAAAUAAAUAAAAUAUAAAUAAAAUUAUUAAAGAG